CUCAGGAUGGGAACGCUUCUUGUGAAUAGGACACCGCGGCUGGCCGUCGCCUUGCACAGCAGUCUGGAGAGGACGCGUUGUUUUCGGGGCCUAUACUUCCGUCAUGUUAUAUCUCACUGGAUAAACAGUGGAGGUUUUCAGCAUGUCUCGCUGCGUAGUGUAUGUUGUACUAACACCACUCGGGAUUCAACUGGGUGUAAAAAUCUGUGCUCUGCUGUAGCUGUGAAACUUGUUUUACACCGAGGCGUGCCUGGAUCUCAUCAGACGUCAGACCUCGCCUGCUCGCUGCUGCUGUUACAUUUUUAUCGCAAUCUAUAAUCACGGCAUUGUUUGCGGGAUUACAACGCUGUUACACGCACUAUGUAGCGAAGUGAACUGUGUGCUGGUGGUAGUGUUAGACGUUUAUCGGCUGUUUUAGUUUUAAACACCGUGCCUUGGCGGAAAGGAGAGGAUUUCGUUUUAUUUAAGGUCAAUUGAGGAUGAAUGAGCAGGAGAGUGGGGUGGUCUCCUUUGAUGAGUAUGUGCGGCAGAAGGCCCGCACUGUGCCUCAGCACAGGAUGAAGGAGUUCCUGGAGUCUCUCGCCAAGGGCCCAGAGGUGCUGCAGGAGUUCAGCCAGCAGGGAGGGGCAGCCACCACCACAGCCAUGGUGUACCAGCAGCAGGGCACCAACUGUGUCUACGCAGACAGUACAGAGGUGGCUGGCUCUCUCCUAGAGUUGGCUUGUCCGGUUCAGAUUCAAGAACAGCAGGACCAAACAGUUGGCCAGGUUCUUCAGGUGGCCUCUCCUUCUCAGCAGGACCUGCAGGGAAUCUCAACAGCCCAUUUUAUCCAGCAGGGAGAGCUCACAGAGGAGCAACAGCAACAGAUUCAGGCUCAGCUGGUUGCCGCCGUAGCUGGAGGACAACAAAUCCAGUUACAAGGAACGCAGCAUAUUCAGCUGCCAGGUGGCCAGCAAAUUCAACUUCAGGCCGGUCAACAUAUUCAACUACAAGAUGGCCAACAUAUCCAGCUACAGGGUGGCCAACAUAUUCAGCUACAGGGUGGCCAGCAAAUUCAAUUACCGGGUGGCCAGCAAAUUCAGCUACAAGGAGGCCAACAAAUUCAGCUACAGGGCGGCCAACAAAUUCAGCUACCGGGUGGCCAACAAAUACAGCUACAGGGUGGCCAACAAAUACAGCUACAGAGUGGCCAACAAAUUCAACUACCAGGUGGCCAACAUAUUCAGCUACAGGGUGGCCAACAAAUUCAACUACCGGGUGGCCAACAAAUUCAACUUCAAGAUGGCCAACAAAUUCAGCUACCGGAUGGCCAACAAAUUCAGCUUCAAGGUGGCCAACAGAUCCAGCUACCGAGUGGCCAACAAAUCCAGCUACAUAGUGGCCAACAAAUUCAGCUACCAGGUGGCCAGCAAAUUCAACUGCAAGAUGGCCAACAGAUCCAGAUUCGGACCAUAGAAGCUAUGUCUCCUUCGCACCAACAGGACUCUCCCAGGGAGGGAGAGAGGAGGUCCACCACUGUCUCAACUGUUCUCCAGCCUGCCAAGAAGCGUAAGGUGGAUGUCCCUGUAUCUGUGUCGUAUGCUGUUCCACAGGGCCAGCAGAUGGCCACCGUUGUAGCCAUCCCUCAAGGGCAGCAGCAGAGCUAUGUGUCCCUACGACCAGAUUUGCUCACUGUUGACAGCGCUCAACUGUACAGCACUACAGGAACAAUUACCGGUCCCACAGGGGAGACCUGGACCAUUCCUGUGUACUCCACUCCACAGCAGCAGGGGGUAACUCACAUCGCUAUACCACAGGACACAUACAGCACAAUGCAAGUUACCACCACCAACGGCAAGGACAAAAUGUCCCCCGGUUCCUCCUCAAGGUCCGCAGAUGUGCAGUCGCCCUCCACUGGGACACAGGAAGAAAUAGUACAGACCCUGUUCCCAGCGCAGUUCAUGAACGGGAACAUUCACAUCCCUGUGGCAGUGCAGACUGUAGGAGGGUCUUACAACACCACACAGUCGGUACACAUAUGGGACCCAAAUCAACAGCACAGCCAAGGAGAAGACGGACAAGAACAGCAGCUCCAUCUGCAGGGUCACAUAGAGACUGAGGCUCAUGCUGAACCGCCUACAGAGAUUAUGGUUCCUGUCUGCCUAAAGCCAGAGGAAGGCCUGGAGGUCUGGCGCCUUUGGGUGAAAAGAAAAAAUGCGGAGCUAAACAAGCAGGAAAAGACAAAGCUUGCACCCAUAGGACGUCGUCAGCCCCUGCGCUUUCAAGAAGACUUGGUGUCCAGCGCAGUAGCUGAGCUAAACUUGGGUCUUUCCCUGAUGACGCAGGAAGCACGAGGAUCGGACGAAGAGCAAUUUACAUCUGAUGUUCUCUAUUAUGUUUUCUUGUGCAUACAAAAGUAUCUCUCCGAAAAUGGACGUGUGGAUGAUAUUUUCUCUGAUCCGUAUUACACACGUUUUUGUGGGUGUUUACACCAAAUUCUGGAUGGUUGGAAACCCAGUGUCCAUCCUUUAGGUUAUGUCAUCCCAAGUCAUGUGACAGAGGAGAUGCUGUGGGAGUGUAAACAGCUCGGUGCACAUUCACCAGCCACAUUGCUUACAACUCUAAUGUAUUUCAACACUAAGCAUUUCCACCUGAUGACACCUGAACAGCACAUGAAAGUAGCUUUCUCUAAGGUCCUAAGACAUACAAGGAAGAACCCCGCUAAUGCAAAGGACAAAGCCACCAGUAUCCGCCUUCUCAAAGGACAAGGUCCUCAGAGCGCAGGACAGAAAGGUGCUCAAUACAGAACUGACGACAUGUAUGAAGAGCAGGCCGAGGAUCCUGAGAAUCCUCUUCGAUGCCCCAUCAAACUUUACGACUUUUAUCUCUUCAAAUGUCCUCAAAGUGCUAAGGGGCGUAACGAUGCAUACUACAUGACUCCAGAGCCUGUGGUUGCACCAAACAGCCCGAUGUGGUACUCAUCUCAGCCCCUCACGAGUCAGCAAGUGGAGCAUGUGCUGGCACGCAUCAUUGUGGUCCGAGAGAUCCAGGAGAUCAUCGGCGUUGGUCCGGACAUCAUGAGCUAAACUGAGAAGACUCAUUGGACUCGUGGGAACUUGUUCUCCAGUCACUGAUUGUUGACUAUGCAGUAUCCAUCCUGACUCUAUAAACCUCAAUGACCAUCAUCUCAAAAACAAAUGGAACAACUUUUGAAAAUCAUUUAAUCUUUUUGAGGAGUGCAUCGUGAAAGCAAAGAUUUUUUCCUCUUACAUUUUCUGUUUGAUAGGUUGGACUGUUCUUAUUCUUUGACUACCUUUUGUAAGCCAUUGCCUCUGUAACCUUUAAACUGGCAAGUAAGGGAGGCUUUAGUCUCACCACUGCUGGACUUAAUUGACCUCCUGCGCUCUGAGUGCAGCAGAGGCGGUAAAUUUUUCUGUAAAAGUAUCAAUACAAUGAGGAUAUUUAACCCUUCACUACUUAACCUCGCAGGCCAUUUACCACAUCUUACGUCUCUUCAAAGUCCCACUAUGAUGCAUCUUAAUGGACAGAUGCAGGGACCACUUCCCAAAACCUUUUUUGUAUGCUGACUGCAUUUUGGAUCAUGUAUUGAUACGUUCAAAGCUGAAGAACUUGUGCCUGUUUUCAAAAAUGACGUCAUAAUUUAUGCUUGUGGAUCAUUGAGUGAGUUGAACCUCAGACAUUCACAAAUUCAAAGUGCUAUAUUGUGGUCAUUCAGGAGAUUUAGAUACAUUUUUUUCUCAGGUCAUAGCAAGUGAUUUAAACACCCAUCAAGGAUUUUUGCCAACUUAUUCCUGUAUGUAUGAAUAGGUUAUUUAACAGGACAUGCGGAUGGAAACACCUUUGUUUAGCUAACACAGUAUUAAUCCUGGUCUCAAAAGUCAUGACGAGCAAUUCGAAGAUCAUUUUGCGCUGUGGUAAUGCUACUCUGACAUUUGAAAUAAGGAUUAGUUGUGGGCCUUUUUUUUUUUUUUUAAUGACUUGUCACGCGAACAGCAGCCCAGUGAUGCCUCCCCUGAAAUGACCUGUACAUUUGGAUUAACUACAUUGACACAAAUAGUUGUGAUACAGUUGUGCUUCAUUUUGUUUAUUACUAAAAAAUGAGUUGUAUAGCAAUA